AUGGAUAUCAAAUCACUGGAAAUGAACGCAGAUGGACAGCCCCGGUUUCCCGGCUGUUCAAACAUCCGCAACUAUGAAUUUCUCGACAAGCUUGGAGAAGGCACAUUUGGCGAGGUCUACAAAGCAAGGUCCAAAAAGGACACCACAGUGGUGGCUCUAAAAAAGAUUUUGAUGCACCACGAGAAAGAAGGUUUCCCCAUUACUGCCAUCCGAGAGAUCAAACUCAUGAAGGCGCUUUCACAUCCAAAUAUCCUACAGCUCAGGGAGAUGGCAAUCGAGCGAGGGAAAGGCGAAGGACGGAAAAAGCCUAGCCUGUACAUGGUCUUCCCAUAUAUGGAACAUGACCUGUCAGGACUCCUCGAAAAUCCAGCGGUUCAGUUCAGUGAACCACAGAUCAAGUGCUACUUGAUGCAACUCCUGGAAGGGCUCAAGUUCAUGCAUGCAAACCGUAUCCUACAUCGUGAUAUGAAAGCGGCAAACCUACUAAUCAGCAAUGGCGGACUUCUCCAAAUUGCCGAUUUCGGUCUUGCUCGCCCUUACGACGAUGCACCUCCACAACCAGGAAAGGGCGGAGGCGAUUCCACCAGAGACUAUACCGCACUCGUCGUUACAAGAUGGUACCGUCCUCCCGAGUUGUUGCUACAGUUACGGAAAUACACCACAGCUAUCGACCUAUGGGGAGUCGGCUGUGUCUUCGGCGAGAUGUUCAAAGGGAAACCCAUCCUCACAGGAAACAGCGACCUCAACCAAGCACAACUAAUCUUCAACCUAGUGGGGACACCCACAGAAGAGACAAUGCCAGGCUGGAGCGAGCUUCCAGGCUGCGAAGGCGUGAAGAACUUCGGCUACAAACGAGGCACUCUCACAGAAGUCUUCAAAGAACUCCACCCAGCAGCAAUAUCCCUCCUAAGCGAACUCCUCCGCCUAGAUUGGCGAAAACGCAUAAACGCAAUGGACGCCCUAAAACACCCCUACUUCACAACCCACCCCCUUCCCGCCCGACCAGGCGACAUCCCCCAAUUCGCCGACUCCCACGAAUUCGACCGCAAAAAACUCCGCAAUCAACGUCCACCCGUCGCUCCCAUCCCCUCAAUCCCCUCCGACACAACCGGUAACGCACCAGGCACCGCACCAGGCAGCUCCAGCUGGCAAAGCACCGGUUCCCGACCCGACUCACGUAACCGUAUUCCCGCCGUCGCCCGUGGAAGACCCAAUGGUCCACCCGGUCCUGGUCCUGGUCCUGGUCCACACGGGCAUGGAAAUGCACACGGACAUGGAGGAUACCAUGGGAAUCAGCAACGGCGCGCGCCGUACCCGCCAAGAGACAGCGGUUUACCGCCUCGUCCUCCGGUGCCGGGGAACCCGCCGUGGGAGGGAAGAGGUGAUGGACGGGAUGAUCGACGGAGUCAAUAUCCCGGACGGUCUGGUGGGGGUGGUAGAUCUGGGAAUUUGGAUUCUUAUGUGCCGAAUUACAGUGAACGGCGAGAGUCUGAGUCGAAUCCGGGUUCCGAUUGGCGUGGAGCGGGGACGAGUCGACGGGAGUAUCGGAGGGAUCCUCCUAGACGGAGGAGUCGGAGUCCUGGGUACAGAGAUGGGAGUCGGGGGUAA